AACCUCAACAUUUUCUAUUCGUAGAACCAGAACCUCAACUCCUGGUAGAACCUCAAAAUUUCCAGUUACUUACACGCUAAAAGAAUUCCUAAAAGAAUACGAAAGGAGAGCAAAAGAAGCUAGCGCAAGAAUGGAGAAGUUUAUUAAUACAAUUUUUGAUAAUGCCAGUUAG